UCUCUAUCACGUCGCUCUGGUACUGGAGAUAGCCAGCUGGUACAAAUCCUCGGUACCAGUGGACCAGAGGAGGGCCGUCAAAGGCGCGAAGAGGGCUGGAUCGCAGACACCCAUUGGGCCGCCGUUGUUCCGCUCCCAAUCUCGAUCGCCAUCUCGUAGGAGGGAUGCGACUGAGAAGCGGUGCAUCCUUGAUCCUCUACUUAAUCUUGAUAGCUGGCGGUAUCUUUCUUUCAUGCGGGUGCUGCUACACGCAUGACAGGGCUGCCCCGACCUUGCGCGCACGGACCAGGGCGGGAAGCACGUGCCUGAACUUGCGACCAACGAGGAUGAAUUUACCCAUCGCUGUGCACGGCGGUGCUUGCCAUAGAAUGCUCCUGAACCUCGAGCUUGAGCAGACGUGCAAGAUUCCGUUAUGCAGGUGGGCUCUCGUCAUUCAUGUUGGCAUUUGUCCGACUUUUGCUCCUUGCCUCCUUGCGCCCUGGCCCUAGGGACAAGGCGUGAAAAUAGCCUAGGGAAAGCGCGCUCGGCUGGGUGUUGUCGGUAGUCACCACUUUUGUCGCGCAAGAGGGACGACAUCUUAAG